UUAUAAUACGGCUCUUUAAAGUUCUGCAUUCAGCCCUCGGAAGCUGCUAUGAAAAGAAGACCUCAAGUAGGCGUAUCCAAGGGGCAAGGAAUGGAAAGCAGAACAUAGUGGAUUUCAGCUGACGUGAUACAUGUUGCGCAUGUCUCAUAUUUCCAUGCAGGAAGUUCUAGCCCAGAAGGCAACGGUCAGUGACUGGGACCAGAGAGAAUGGUCAAAAGGGAUCUGGCCAUCGGUCUGAUCUUCUUAACACAGACUACCGUUGGAAUCCUGGGCAAUUUCUCACUUCUUUGUCAUUAUAUCAUCCUUUCCUUCACUGAGUACAGGUGGAGGUCCACAGAUUUCAUUCAUAAGCACCUGAUUGUAGCCAACUUCUUAGCCCUACUCUGUAAAGGAGUCCCCCAGACCAUGGCAGCAUUUGGGUGGAAACAUUUCCUCAGUGACAUUGGAUGCAAACUUCUUCUCUUUCUUCACAGAGUGGGGAGGGGAAUGUCCAUUGGUAGCAUCUGCAUCUUGAGCGUCUACCAGGCCAUCACCAUCAGCCCUGGGAACUCCAGGUGGGCAGAGCUUAAAGUUAAAGCGCCCAGAUACAUUUUCCCCUCUAUUUUCCUGUGUUGGGUCCUGCAAAUGCUGGUGAAUAUCAUUUUCCCUAUGUACUUAACGAGCACAUUGAGUGAUAAGAACAUCACAAACAAAAAGGAUUUUGGAUACUGUUCUUCGGUUCGUCAUGACAAAACUAGUGACUUACUGUAUGGACUGUUGUUAUCAUUCCCCGAUGUGUUAUGUCUGGGGCUCAUGCUCUGGGCCAGCAGCUCCAUGGUUUUCAUCCUGUACAGGCACAAGCAGAGAGUCCAACAUAUUCGAGGAACCAAUGCUUCUUCCAGAACCUCCCUGGAGUCCAGAGCCACCAAAACUAUCCUUCUCCUGGUGAGCACCUUUGUCUAUUUUUACACCCUCUCCUCCAUCUUUCAACUUGUUAUGAGUCUUUUUGAUAAUCCCAACUUGAUCCUCGUGAAUGUCACUGCAGUCAUGUCUGUGUGUUUCCCAACUGUCAGCCCCUUUCUGCUCAUGAGCCACAACUCCAAGGUACCCAAGGUACCCAGGCUCUGCUUUGCCUGGAGAAGGAAUAUAAGACCUCCUUGUCUUAUGAAAAAUAUGUAGACUGUAUGUACUUCUACAAUGUACAGCUGCCAAUUCAUUCACCCCCCUCACAGUCCUAAAAAAAAUAUGUAUGAGUCACAAGAAAUGGUAAACAGGAAAAGUUGACCAUCUUCUUUAAUAUAAACAAUAAUUCAUAAUAACACUGUAAUGAGACAUCAUUAUCUUGUAAAUACUCAUAUAAUUGAAGUUUUUCUAAUACUUUCAGUAAAGCAUUUCAGAAUUGAUUCAAUAAUAAACACCAGGUCUUGAAACAAUCUGGAUAUUACAGAUAAGUCUUCAAGUGUGUGAAUUUCAAUCGAAAGCAAUACAUUUCCAAGAAAAGAACCUGGCUUGAAAUCAUAAGAUAUGUGAACAUGCUAUAGCGGGUAGCCUUGUCAUUCCUCUGAGAAAGUAAUGUCCCCACUGCAUAAAGAAUAACCUGGCCAGGGGUGGUAGAGAAAAAAAUCCAUUUUCGGGCAAUGUAGUCUCUGUGAGCCACUUAUGAGUUUUGUAGGUAAUUCACAUCCUUAGAGAGUGGUCCCUGAUUUAUUUGAAACAUGAUGUUAGGAAGGGAGAUGAGCAUGUUGAUCAUAUUUUCAUGUAGAAAUGAACAGACCGGGUCAAAGAAAGCCACAAAAGGCAAAAUAUGUUUCUGCUGAUAUUUAAAGGCCAUCAAGUGAGUGUCAACAAUGUAAACAGAAACGUGUUGUGAUCUGGAGAAAGCAGAUUUUUCCCUAUUAUGUCAAGAUGACUUGGCCACAUGGGCAAGAACGGGGUUUGGAGGUGCAUGCUCCAGUCUCCUUGCGGGCACACACAAGCCUCGGGGUCAUUUACACAGGUAUUCAGCUGGGAAUUCAAAUCCCUGAACUCAGCAUUUUCUUUUACCUCUUUGCCCAGCAAACGGCGAACGUUAUCAUGUUUAUUUGUUCUCUGAAAAUCUUUGCAAGUGUCAAAUACAUGCUCACCCAGAUACUUCUUCAAGUGGCUGAUCAGGAGUCUCCAGGGCAGAUCUUCUGUGAUGGGUUAUCAGUGCUCUCUUUAGCAAUUUUAUUUUUUUUUAAUGUUUGUUUAUUUAUUAAAUUUAUUGUCAAAUUGGUUUCCAUACAACACC